CAUUCAUCCAUGCUCCUCACAGGACUCGUGGUAGUUCGAGAAUGGCUUCAUGAAACCGCCCCAUAACUGCAACAUCCAGGAGUCACCACAGGAUACUGGAGGUUUACGAAACAUAAUGUUAUGCAGGCUCUACGCACAGGCUCAGGAAUCAGAGACGGUCUGGUGAAAGAGCUAGAUUCUGAUGCCAUGAACAAAGGUGAUGGUCGAUCAUUAACAGCUGAUGACGGCUUGAGCCAAAUAAUAGCCUGUCGAAGCACUAACAGAAACGCGAUCUUUUUGAGAAAAGCCUAGCACAAGCGCUCUAUUCAUUUGUUCGUGCCGGUAGAUUGGAUGAGGCAGUCGAAUUAUGCAGAAAAGCACAUCAGUCUGCGAGUAUCCGGUUUCAGGGCGAGAGUUAUUGCAAACGCGCAACGAGAUGACGACGGCAUCGAU